AUGUCUCUCGAUCAAAGCAAAUACCCUGAAAAUAAUCCAUUUUCACUUAAACAAAAUAAUACAAAUUAUAAGUAUCACAUUAUUAAUGAAGGAUUUUAUCCACCCAAAAAUAAAGUAUGGUAUACUUCAGCGUUUUCUUAUAACAAAACUCAAUAUAAAGCUCUGGAUAGUUAUCUAGUUCGGACCAGUUGGGGAAGGAACAAGUCACACCAUACGGUGGAAUGUAAAAUAGAAUAUGAACAAGAUGGACCAGUUUUUAUAAUAAGAUUUGAAGAAAAUUCUCAACAAUAUGUAUUAAAUUCAAAGAAAUCUCCAACCGCAGUUGCUAAUGAUUAUCUAAAA